CGAACGGCGUCACAUCUAGAGCAGCUGUACUCCAGACAUGGAGGAGCUCGGCGCCCCGUCCAGCGCCGCGUCCAGCGCCCCGGCCGACAGUAAAGCGGGAUACGUGCUCAGUAAUGUCGCCGAGGUCGUGGAGAGAAUUCUGACCUUCGUUCCCACCAAAGCUCUGCUGCGCGCGGCGAGGGUUAGUAGGUUAUGGAGGAAUUGUGCACGCAGAGUCCUGAAAACCCAGCAGCAAAUGAGCUGGCUGUCCGCUUUCGGCACGUCCAGAUACGAGGAACAUGUUCUUUUGGGAGCUAUGGAAGAAGGCUUGGAGACUAAGUACCUGCUGCCCCUGACGGCGCUGUUAAUGGUCGACAGUGAACAUUUCAACGGACAUAAUGGUUCUUACAGACACAAAAAAGCAAGGAAGUGUCAGGAUGAGGAGGAGUCGGACGCUAUGGACAGACUGAGGCGCUUGUUGCCCAAGUCUUGUGACAUCUUAUGCAUCGUCACCCCAGGAAUUGUCUUGACACCCACUGGCUUGCCCUGUACUACCCCUAAGGAGUUCAUGGAGGGCGAAGCUGGCUUUAGCCUUCUCUUUCCUGCUAUGGACGGGGUUCAGAUCCGGCCGUUUCACUUCUGCAAAAAUAGCCUUAACCAGGAAUCUUUGGAGGAAGCAGGGUUGACAGGAAACCCUGACCUGAAGGUGGUGCUGUUGUUUGGCUAUCAUGCCUACAAGUCUGGAGCUGCUGUGUUUCUUAACAAACUGCUGGAGCCACUGGCCCGCAGUAAUGUGCUCAUCGCUGGCGGUCAUGUGGAGAAGGCCUGCAUCCAGCAAAGGGACUGCUGUUCUCCAGGUUCAUUUGGGGUGGUGGGUCUCACCUUGAGUGGCUCCAGGAUUCAGGGUGCCUCUGUGCUGCUGGACCAGGACGUUAGCAGCCCCAAAGCGGCCGAAGUCACGAUCCGUCGGCUUAAAGCGGCCAGCAUCCCGGAGAGAAACACCGUCGGCUUUAUGUUCGCUUGCGUGGCCCGUGGACAUAACCACUACAAUAAUGAGCACAAUGUUGAGGCUGACACCUUUCACAAGAUCUUCCCCAGCGUGCCGCUCUUUGGCUUCUUUGGAAACGGAGAGAUUGGCUGUGACCGCAUCGUGAAAGAGAACUACACACUGAGUGAAACGGACGCCAAUGGACUGCAGCAUGGUUACACCACCGUUAUGAGCCUGGUGCACCUUGGGUGAUGUGCGUGCUGCACUAGGAUGAUGCUGACCCUGUCUGAAAGAACAUUUGUGUGUCUCAGGACGUGGCUUGGCUGAGAUGUUUAUUUAAGCAGAAGAGCAGAUCCAAUUAUUCUGUCAGUAGUUUUUGAUUUGCUACUAAUUGUGCUACUUUAAUGAACUAAACAUGUAAAUUCUUGUCUAUAAGAUCAGUUUUGAUAUAAAGAAAGAUGGUUUGAUUUGCAUGAUGCUUACCCUGACCUUGCAGUUGGACUGAUCUUUUAUGUCAUGCAUAGGGCAUAGCUGUUCUUCCGGUCAGUAUGAGUUACUUCUGACUUUUAAUGGUUAGGUGUUCAUCAGUUUAUCCACUUACAAGCUUUUAAAGUCAGUCUGCAUGUUUUGAAAAUUGCUCUCAAGAUUUCCCCUAAAAUAAAACUACUCUGGAAACCCUCUAUGUUAGAAAAAAUAUUUUCCCUGUUAAAUUGGGAUCAGCUAGUGGAGACUUAUUCACACGUCUGUUUUUCUUCUUAAAAUACAGCAGUGCCCUUAAAUAACGACUGUAAGCAUUCCGCUGUUAUAUACUCAACUAAACAGCUUUAAUUAUGAAAGCAGAACCAUUUUUUUCUUAGUUCAGGUUGCGUUGAUUCUUCUAAUAACAAGUAUUUGAUUAUUCUGAAUGUUAAAUUUGCAAACUUUCAUAUACUUCAAACUUUCACUGUUUCUGUUACUUAUGUACAUCUAUACCACACGUUCUCCUUCCGGUCAAAGAAUGGAUGGCUUCAGUUACAUCUGCACUGUUGUCUCAUCUACGCAGUGCAAUGAGUCAAAGUGUGUUUAGGCCACAUGGAAGCACCACAGACGGAAAUGUUAAGAUGCAUAACUAAAGCCUCAGGUUCUGUUUUUUUUAUUUUCUGACAGGUUCUGUUUAAAAAGUACACCUCUGUGUGGUAGAAUAGGAGACAAAUAAGGACUGUAGUUCUGUUUUACUGUAUUUUUAUACUUUUUGUAGAGAAAAAUCCCUAAAAGGACAUGAGAUGUGAGAUGUAAACCUUUUCAGAUUUGUUCUCCUCUAAAAAGUUUGAAUCGUCUCUCAAAGAACAAAAAAGAAAAUACAGCCUUGAUUUUUUUUUUCUUGUGAGAAAACAUUAAACAUGCUGUAAAGCCA